UGCGACGUUGUGCCGUUGUCUGAAGAUUCUUCAAUCACUAUGUCAAGUGACACAGAUGUUUCUCUUUCUUCAUAUGAUGAAGAUCAGGGAUCUAAACUUAUCCGAAAAGCUAGAGAGGCACCAUUUGUCCCCAUUGGAAUGGCAGGUUUUGCAGCAAUCAUUGCAUAUGGAUUAUAUAAAUUGAAGAGCAGGGGCAAUACUAAAAUAUCUGUUCACCUGAUCCACAUGCGCGUGGCAGCCCAAGGCUUUGUUGUGGGAGCAAUGACUCUUGGUGUGGGCUAUUCCAUGUAUCAAGAAUUCUGGGCAAAACCUAAACCUUAGAAGACGAGAUGCUGUCUUGGUCUUGGUGGUGUUUGCUUUAGUUAGACAUCUCAUAUUGAGGUUAUAUGUUUAUGUUGAAAAUAAAUUCUGUGGGUCGGACAAUAACAUGGUAAUUUGAAUAUUGGCUUCCUUUCUGGCAGGCUUGAUUUGCCUAGUGACUAGUUCACUAGCUAGGUCAUUCAGGGGAGUCAGAUUAGCACAAAAAUAUGUCACUUUUUUUUUUUUUUUUUUUUUUUGUGGUACGCGGGCCUCUCACUGUUGUGGCCUCUCCCGUUGUGGAGCACAGGCUCCGGCCAUGGCUCACGGGCCCAGCCGCUCCGCGGCAUGUGGGAUCUUCCCGGACCGGGGCACGAACCCGUGUCCCCUGCAUCGGCAGGUGGACUCUCAACCACUGCGCCACCAGGGAAGCCCAAAAAACAUGUCACUUUUAAAUGCACUUGGUAGUGGUACAGUGUCUGCCUUCUUAAACUCUUCUGAUAAAAUUAGUUGUAAAGAGGACAACAUGCCAAACCUGAAAAUGCUCCCAGUUGCUGCAGAAUAUCAUAUGCUUUUGAUGUAAUGUAGGAAUCCUAUUUACCCCAGUUAAUUUAACUCUUUCUGACUGCCUUGUGGACUGAGUACUGUUUUUAAGGUCUGGUUGGCUCUUGAAGAACCCUUUCAGAACAGUGCACGGAAUACAACAUUAUAAA